GCCAUUUUCACUCCAACAUUUGUAAAAUCCAGAUAUUUUCAUCCUACAAAAGAAAAUAGAAAAGGAAAAAAAUGAAACUUUUUUGAAAAAAGUGUAAUAACGGUUGACUCUGGGCGAGUGGGCUUUCUUCAUUUCUUGCCAAAAAUCUCCCAAUUAUCAGCUGUCAAUCGUAGCUUCAUUCAUCAAUCCAUGAAACCCUUUUUCCAAUUUCACAUUUUUUUUCGGAUCAGUAAUACAAUCCAAAUCCAUGAAUAAAAAACCGUUUUAUUUUGUUCGAAAAAUUGAACUAGAAUUAUCUGGCAACCACUCUCAGUGAAGGGUCCAGUUUGCUGCACUGGAUCCCACUGUUCUUUUGUGCUUCAAUCAGCUCUAGGGUUCCAAUCCGUGGAUUUCUCGAGCUAUAUUCGCUCAAUUUCUAGUGAUAUUUUAUAUUCAGCUCUUCUGCUGAGUUGAUUGAUUUGUGAAUGGGAUCCAAGCCGUGGCUGUAUCCGGCGCCGGAAUAUCGAUAUUUGGAGAGCUAUUGGGACACUGAUGAGGACGCGCCGGGUCCUCGCUGUGGCCACACCCUCACCGCCGUCGCGGCUACGAAAACCCACGGUCCCCGCCUCAUUUUGUUCGGAGGCGCCACCGCCAUUGGCGGUGGCAACGGUGGUGCCCCUGGCAUUCGGUUGGAUGGAGUGACAAAUUCUGUUCAUUCUUACGAUGUACUUACUAGAAAAUGGACCAGGCUUCGGCCAGCGGGGGAGCCACCAUCACCUAGAGCUGCACACGCUGCUGCAGCUGUUGGCACCAUGGUUGUGUUUCAGGGUGGGAUAGGUCCUGCUGGGCAUUCGACGGAUGACCUUUACGUGCUUGAUUUGACAAACGACAAGUUCAAGUGGCAUCGAGUUGUAGUUCAAGGACAGGGGCCCGGGCCUAGAUAUGGACAUGUCAUGGACUUGGUCGCACAACGAUAUCUUGUCACUGUUAGUGGCAAUGAUGGUAAAAGAGUGCUAUCAGAUGCUUGGGCCUUGGAUACUGCACAGAAACCAUACGCUUGGCAGAGGCUUAAUCCAGAAGGUGACAGACCUUCUGCAAGGAUGUAUGCAACGGCUAGUGCUCGGUCAGAUGGAAUGUUUCUGCUUUGUGGUGGAAGAGAUGCUUCAGGCACGCCACUGGCAGAUGCAUAUGGAUUGCUUAUGCAUCGGAAUGGCCUGUGGGAAUGGACACUCGCUCCAGGAGUGUCACCUUCGCCCAGGUAUCAGCAUGCCGCGGUAUUUGUAGGUGCUAGAUUGCAUGUAACUGGAGGUGUUCUUAGAGGUGGGCGAUCAGUUGAAGGUGAUGCUGUAAUUGCAGUACUGGAUACCGCCGCUGGAGUUUGGCUUGAUAGAAAUGGGCUGGUCACUUCACGGGGAAACAAAUCACAGAGUGAUCUUGAUCCUUCUCUGGAGGUUAUGCGUCGAUGUCGCCAUGCAGCUGCAUCUGUCGGUUUCCGAAUAUAUGUUCAUGGUGGUCUGAAAGGAGAUACUUUGCUAGAUGAUUUGCUUGUGGCAGAGAACUCUCAAUCUGAAAUCAAUCUACCAUUAUCACCAGACAGGAUCUCAAUGACUUCUAGCCCAAGGUCAAACAAUGCUACUUUUGCUCCAUUUUCCUCUGGAUCAACCCCAGAUGACGGGUCUGAAACACCUUCAUCUGGAAAUUUUGGAAUGGACAAAAACUCCUUGGAGAAACUCGCGGAGGCAUCUGCUGCUGAAGCUGAGGUAGCGAAUGCUGUCUGGCAAUCAGCUCAGGCAGCUUCAGCCAUCCCUGAGGAAGCUUCAUUGUCAGAUGUCAAUUCACAGUCUGUAGAGACCACUUCUGAGGGUAGUGACACAGAGGUUGAUGUUCGCCUUCAUCCUAGAGCGGUUGUCGUCGCAAAAGAAACUGUUGGAAACUUGGGGGGUAUGGUUAGGCAGUUGUCCUUGGAUCAAUUUGAAAAUGAAAGUAGACGAAUGCUACCAUCACAUAAUGACCUAUCAAAUCCUACUAAAAAGUUUGCAAGGCAGAAGUCACCUCAAGGCUUGCAUAAAAAGAUUAUAUCAACAUUGCUGAGGCCUCGGAAUUGGAAGCCUCCUGUAAACAGAAAGUUCUUUUUGGACUCUUACGAAGUUGGUGAGCUUUGUUAUGCUGCCGAGCAGAUUUUCAUGCAAGAGCAGACAGUGCUUCAAUUGAAAGCUCCUGUAAAAGUUUUCGGUGACCUUCAUGGACAAUUUGGUGAUCUGAUGCGGCUAUUUGACGAAUAUGGAUUUCCCUCCACUGCUGGCGACAUUACUUACAUAGACUAUUUAUUUUUGGGAGAUUAUGUUGAUCGUGGACAGCACAGCUUGGAAACUAUAACUUUGCUCCUUGCUCUUAAGAUCGAAUACCCGGAUAAUGUUCACCUGAUACGAGGAAACCAUGAAGCUGCUGACAUAAAUGCACUUUUUGGUUUUCGCAUCGAAUGUAUUGAAAGAAUGGGGGAAAGCGAUGGGAUUUGGGCUUGGACGCGAUUCAACCAGUUGUUUAAUUAUCUCCCACUUGCUGCAUUGAUUGAGAAAAAGAUCAUCUGCAUGCACGGUGGCAUAGGGAGGUCGAUAAAUUCAGUCGAACAGAUAGAGAAACUGGAGAGGCCCAUAACAAUGGAUGCUGGGUCGAUAGUGCUAAUGGAUUUGUUGUGGUCGGAUCCCACUGAAAAUGAUAGUGUUGAGGGCUUGAGACCAAAUGCAAGAGGACCCGGACUUGUGACAUUUGGGCCUGAUCGAGUCACGGAUUUCUGUAAGAAGAACAAGUUGCAACUUAUUAUAAGAGCUCACGAGUGUGUUAUGGAUGGAUUCGAACGAUUCGCCCAGGGGCAGUUGAUCACCCUUUUUUCUGCAACCAACUAUUGCGGAACGGCAAACAACGCUGGAGCAAUAUUGGUCGUUGGCAGGGGAUUGGUUAUCGUCCCGAAAUUGAUUCAUCCUCUUCCACCACCUUUUCACUCUCCAGAAACUUCCCCAGAACGCGUGACAGAGGAGAUGUGGAUGCAGGAGCUUAAUAUCCAAAGACCUCCAACUCCUACGAGAGGACGCCCGCAGCCCGACCUCGACCGAGGCUCACUUGCCUAUAUAUAACGUUGCACAUCGAUUUUUGAUGUUCACUGCUGGCACGAGACGGAGCAGUCGACCCGCCACCGUGGUACGAUUUCUACAGACCCCUCUGUUGUAUUUCACACAGAUGCAGUAGAGAAGAAUAGGAUUCUUGGUGUAUAGAAGAGAAAUGCAUCGUAUGAGAAGAACUUGUCACAUUUUUUCUUUUGUGUGGUACGUAUAAAAGAAAUGCAGAAUAAUUUUUACUGUAAGUUAAUGAUAGAAAUGAUAGAGUUAUGUGUACGUAGAUGGUGUGCUGCUGAUUUCAAUAUUCCUAGUGAGAGAAUAUGUAAUUAGCAGAUUCAUAUUGGUUUGGCAAAUUUAUCUAUUGUGUAGAGAGAGAAAGAGCAGACUGACAAUGAGGCAUGCAAUCUUGAGUUCAAUGGUUGUUUUUCGACA